GACCGUUUGUGCCGUCCUGUGCCGCUCUCUGGAUCCGGAGCGGGACUGAGAGGAAGGUGUAAACAGAAACGGAGCAGCUCCUGGAUAUAACUACCCACUUUUUGAAUGAAAAAAAAAAACCCAGCUACCUGCAGGCGGCAGUGAAACUGUUAAAUACUCUUUAGGAAGCGCGUUUCUAUCUCUUCUGGAAUCAUCUUGCGUGUGGCUCACAGCUGGAAGGAUUUUUUUCAAGCAGUGACAACUUAGUUGUUGCAUCAGAAGAUGCGCAAUUUUCAUAAUCAAUUUGUUCCAAAAGAAAAAAACAUGUGUUUUGGGAUCUGAGUGACACAGCUGUUUGGAUGGACGAGUUCUGCAGCUGAGAGAGACGCACAGCCACUUUAGUUUGCGGAGCGAGAGAGAAAUGGAUGGUGUUGCUGCUCAGCCUUCAGCUGGGAUGCUCCGCGCGUCACAGCCGCGUCGCUUCACAUCAUGAUCCGCACCUGACCAAGAACGCAACACUAUGAGCCUGAUUCACCCAACAGCAUCCACCAUGUCCUCUCUACACACCAGGAAGCCGACUCCGUACCAGGUCCUGACGGUUGUUCUGCUCCUGGUUUCUCCCGGCUGCCUGUCCUCCCCGCAGAACGACUCCUGGGUUUCUUCAUGGGGCCCUUGGCCGGAGCGCCCGGCCCGUGCCCGGCGGCAGCUGCCCUCCAGGAACGGCUGGGCUGCGUGGGCCGGCUGGUCCGUGUGCUCACGCAGCUGCGGGGGCGGGGCCUCGGUGCGCACGCGCACCUGCAUCACCAGAAACCCGGUUGGGGGGCCGUGUGCCGGAGAUCCCAGACAAUACAAGAUCUGCAACGCCAAGGAGUGUCCCCCUGGCUCGGAGGAUUUCCGGGAGAUGCAGUGUGCCGUCUUCAACGACAGACCGCUGGUGGCGGGAAAUUCCUUCAAGUGGAGCGUCUUUAAUGGAGGCUCCAACCCGUGUGAGCUCAGCUGCCUGGCCUUGGGACACAACUUCUACUACAACUUCGGCCACGUGCUCGACGGCACAGCGUGCGACAAGGAGGGAGGAGUGAUGUGUGUCGGCGGACGCUGCCUGAAGCCGGGCUGCGACUCCGUCUUUGGUUCGAAGCAGCAGGAGGACGCAUGCAUGGUGUGUGGAGGAAAAAACACCACCUGCCUGCACCACAAGAGUGUGUACCAAAGCAACGAUCUGGAGGCAGGUGGGCCUUUCGGAUACAACGAAGUUGCUAUGAUACCAGCUGGAGCCACUCACAUCCGAGUCACAGAUAACAGCAAGAAUUAUCUUGCUCUGCAGAAUGGUCACUCCCAGUUUGUGAUCAAUGGAAACUGGAAGAUCAGUGUUCCUGGUGAGUACAAGGUAGCCGGGACCAAGUUACUGUACCGGCGCUCUGCAGACACUUGGGAGAGUUUUGAGGUGCCAGGACCCACCCAGGAAGACCUCCACAUAAUGGUUUUGGCCACCGACACAAACACAGGGAUCGAGUACGAGUACUGGCUGCCACCAGAUCAGUACGCUCUCCACCACGGGAGGAGGAGCCCACUGCGUCAGCCUCACCACACUGCCACUUACUUCCCUUGGAAUCAACCUGCCACUACAACCAUAACCACCAGCACCAGCACCAUCCGGCCUCCCCAAAGCAGUACCCGACCCCACUGGUUCACGAGAGGUUCUAAGCCGCCACGCCAGUCUCAUCACCACAGCCGCCACCAGCAUCCUCACCAGCCCACCUCUCGCCUGGAACGGGAGGAGAACGACAGAAAUCUUCUCCCUCAGACACCGCCUGGAAAGAAUUGUGGAAAAUGUUUGCGGAUAAGAGGUCGAAGGGAACGCCAGAGACAAUAUUGUAAAAAGGACUUUGUGUUUCGGGGUAAAGUGCUUGGAAAGGUGUACUUGGGUGAGGAGACCCGCUAUGAUAUUCAGAUCAUCCACACCUACCGGAACCGCUUUCGCCUGGAGCACCGCGAGUUCCUCUGGAUCCCUAACAUGUGUGACUGCCCGGACAUGGAUGUGGGGAGGCAGUAUAUCCUCAUGGUGCGUCGCCACAUCAACCACGAGCACACACUAAACCGCAUCCUGCUGGACGAGGACAGCUACGUGGUGCCAUACAGACCAAGAGAGGACGAACUGCUGCAGAUGCUCGACCACCUCUGCAGCAACACAGGACCCGUACAGCCCGCAGAGCUGAGGCGGAGAGGAGUGUAGCUUGGGAGUGUGAGUUUGCGUCAGAGGAUGAGGCUCGUACCAAGACUUAAUUCACCAGCCAUGUUUUGUUUGUGGACAUUAAAACUGGCAGCUCGAAUAAUUCUAGAGAGUGGCAUAGGCUACUUGUGGAAAGAGUUGCCAGUAGUUUGAGUCUUUUUAAAGUUCGCCACGUUAAGCAACCAAAAGAACUCCAUGUUUAUUUAAAAGCCAAACCAGCUUACUGUACCACAGAGAGCACUUUAGGUGGAUGCUGAUGACCACCUUAAACAAAUACCAAAGAGAAGAACACUGACUGAAAUCACCUUUUUGUUAUUGCUUUAUUUUCCCUGCAGAAAACAGUUAUUAUUAUUUCUAAUACAGUGUUUUUGUGUGUGUCUGUAUCUGUGUAUAUGUGUGUAUGUAUCAUAUGUAUGUGUGUGUGUGUGUUUGUCUGUGUGUGUGUGUGCAUGUGUAAACUUAAAAGAAAAAUCCACUUUCACAACCACUGCACUGAAUUCUGAUGAAAACAAUCCAGAUUCACCUCAUGUUAAAACUCGUUCACACAUAUAAUAUCCCUUGUACAGCAGCUAUAUUUGCAUGGUUUACACAUGUUUCUGUCAGUGUCUCUCCUACUGCUACUCAGUUUGUAAAUGAGUCUUCAGCCAACCUACUACUUCAUUUCAAACCUGCAUUGGUCCAUGUAACGUCCAGCGGAGACUUGUGAAGACCUACAUUCCAACUUCUGACUUGACUCCAAUGAGGAAAUCAGAAGAAAUUGCAGUUUAUUGAUAACCCACUGGAGGCUGGCCCCAAAGGGGAAUCGAUUUCCAUUAACCCCCAUUGUAAAUUUAACUUUGCAACAGAAAUAGAAAUAUUUACAGCCUGGUACAAAAUAUUGUUUUAGUUUCCAUUGUUAAAUUUCACAUCCAUGACAAAUGUAUACAGGGGUAUGAUUUUUUUAUUUGUAUGACAUCAACCCAAGACUCCCGAGGUCUGGAACAUGGAAGAACAGGGUCUUUCUAAGUUAGUGUUCUUAUGUGUCUUGUGUUGUGAAACAUCAUCAUCUGCAGUUGAAGUUCUUACCCAAUUCUAACGAACGCAUGUGACAAGUAGUACCUGGAUGUGUUCUCCCAUUUUAUCGAGGAUGCAUCCAUUGUGUGUAGCAGUGACCCAUUGGUUUCUGAAAACUGGUUUGAAGCCCAUUUUCCUUCGUAUGGAGCGCAGCCAUGUUGCUCAGCAAGCCAGUCGGCUUUGCUCCCAGCUCCCUCAGCUGAAACCCACCGAAAAAUCUGCAGAGCUGCCAUCAGACAUUUAAAGCGGUUUUUGCUGUUCAAUAUGUUGACUCGGCUGCAAAAUCAAAAAUGACUGUUGCGCUGGGUUAAUAUAAACGUGUGUUUGCUUCGAGGUUAUGGAUGAGGAAGUGAUCACGGCCAGCAAUUGGUUGAGUUGAUUGUCAAUCAAUCAUAUUAGAAAUAAAUGUAAUACUUUGUAUAAACUCUCCUGACGUGGUACAAAGAAUCCCCCCCUCAGAGUUGUCAUGGGUGUUCAAUCAAACCUGUAAAUAUGUUUAUUUUUGAUCUAAAGUUGGACAUUUUAUCAUGGAGGUCAGUGGAGAUUGACUUACUUUUGCAGCCUUUAGCGGUCAGUCGAGGAACUGCAAUGAAUCUUGGUUCCACAUGAGCGUAAAUGUGGAAGUAAGAUGGUAGGGAUUGGUGCAGACUUGAGAUGGCAAAGUAUCCCAGAAUGCAUUUCGCACCAACAAAUGAAAGUAAUAGAAGAGGGCAGAGGAGCAAAUAUGUAAAUAUAAAGUUAUAACUUUUUUUUGUUUGACAGAAUGCAGUUUCAGGAUGUUUUUAUCAAAAAAUAUAUCUAUUAUAACUUCAUAUUUGUGGUAACGUUAUAAAGAUUGAGUUGAUUUUCUUUUCACUUUUAUUGAACUCUAUUUAUAACGCAGCUGACAUACAAAAGCGUAAAAUCCAUUAAAACACAUUGUAUUAGGCAAUGGUUAUAAAACCUUAUGGGAGAGCGAUAUAUGGUCCAUUUUCAGUUUGUUUUUUUUUGCUAAUGUUUAGGGCGUUUAUUUAUACAUCGAAUUAAACUAGAUGUUUUUUAAUAUGUGUCAGCCUGUUAGCUGAGCUGGGAUGUCAUCAUGUACGCUGCUCCAACUGCAGAAAGACUGGCAUGAGUUCUCCGUCCUCCCAAGUCCUCCCAAGUCCUCCCAAGUCCUCCCAACACAAGUCUGGACUUGUGUUCUUGUUUACUUUUUUUUUCUUCCUAUCACCGAAAGCUGGUCACAAAUAUUGUGUAACUGCUUUUUACGGUAUCAUACAACAUCGCAGCACAUGCAUUACAGUACUAUUACUGCAUAAUGCUGCUGCAGACUUUGGUCUUGGUAAUUACUUUAGGCAUUUUUUCACCUACAAAAAGGCAUUUAACAGGAAAAAAAAAUUAUAUUAUGACAGAUGAAUUAUAACUUCUUUAAAAAAGACAUUGCAAUUUUAUAGACACCAACAAAACCAUCAACUCCAUAACUCCUUUUAACUUUGUUUCCAUACUACUUUGUGGAAAAUAAACUAAAUUCUAAGCCUACAGUGAUUUAUCUUUACUUUAAUGCAACCUGAAGGAUGCAGUAAAGUAAGUAUAUAACUUUUGGAUAAUAAAUUUGUUGAAAAACAAAAUGGUAAAAAUUGACAUCCAAUGGAUAAAUUGGUGGAUUUUUCUUUCUACCCAUAUCUAAUAUCAUGUUUCUCCACAGUGUAUUUAUGUUAUAAAGUAUAUAAGUAUAUAAGUUUAAAUCAUAACACAUUGCUUGUGCAUCUCUUGAAAUUACUUGUAUAGUCCGCUGGUCACGUUUGGUGUUUCAUUUUUUUGUAGCAUGUUUAAUCAGGUUGGCUCUUCAGUAUGAGAUAUAUACAGUAUUUUUAUCCUGCAGCACUGAUUAGCCGCAAGUAUAAGUAUUGUGAGAAAGCUUACUGUCUGUUAAACAGCCAGUUAAAAUCAGUGCCUUAUUUUAUGCAUUUUGAUAGUAACGUUUUUGCUCUCAAACCUCAUUUAAAUAUAUCAAAGUUGGUAUUUUGGUUCGUCUGAAUAAAAGCAAGUCAACAGAUACAAUUUAAUUUAGAAAUGAACCGAUGUAGAUCUGCGAUUUAGAAAGCAGACAUGAAAACAGCAACAUUUGUAAGAAAACAUUUCAUUUACAAAAGAAGCUUCACAUCUACAACAAAGAAAGCGCUACAUUUCACUGAAGACGAUUCUAACGUACAAAAAUAUUAUAAAGUGUAGCCAAAUUUCUGUUCGUUAACUGUCAAUCUGAAAAUGUCAUCUCAGAAAAAUUGGCUCAGUUUUCCUUAAGAAGAGGGCCGACCGUCAGCUUCACAUGAACAACAGGAUAGAAGGAGAGAACUUUAGAUUCACAGCUCACCUCGCCAUCUUCAACACGACUACUUUAUCUGAAGGCAUGGGACGGAAAGCUUCCAUCCCGGGAAAUCUCUAAGUACUUUUUUGUUUUUUAAGCACUUCAGUCAUUGAAGUUUAUAAAUUACAACUGCAAAAGGAAAUGCAAGCAAGGACAGAUCUGAUCUGGACUUAAUGAAUAUACAGCAGAAGUGAAUGAUGUAAUGUAAAGCAACAUAAAAUGAGCGUGCAGUUUUUAUGCUCUUAUUGUAACCAUAUAUAUCACUUCUUUUGUGUUGGCUUUCCACGGCAUCACACAUUUCUGUUUAGCUGCCUCUCAGUCGUAUCUGGUAAACCUUAUGUGAGCGUUUAAAGAUCAACCUUUGAGAUCUUGGACACUUCAGGGUUUGAUUAAGUACAUGAGCUCAUCUUUCUUUAGUUUAAGGCCGGAUUUGCGAAACUUAAGCUCAUUCAAUAUACUAAAGUGGGAUUUUGUGAUUUAAUUAAAGACAAAUGAAUUAAAUUUGUACUGUCUAACCAUUUUUUGGUUUGUAACUGAUUUCACUGAAUGAAAUAAAGCUCACAUAAGUAUUCUUUGUAACACUUUUGCAUUCAUUUCAACUCCAUCAAUUACAUCUGUGCAUUUGAGGCCUAGCUGGGAAGAUUACCACUACUCUCUGUGCUUUGCACUAAUAAAAAAAAGGAAAUAUAUUAUUAAAAAAAAUAUUAUUUUCAUCAAGUUUCAUCAAGUUGUGACAGUCUUGACCUGAAAUGAUCUAAUUUGAGGAGAAGUUCAGAUUUGCAGGUCGUGUGACAUCACAGACCCGGAUUGGAGCAGGAUAACUCCACCCGGUUCACGUCAUGCUGCAUUAGCUGUAACCUUGAAGUAGGUAACAAACAUUUGUAACACUUUUUAAAAGAGGUGCACACCCCAGGGGUGGGGCUUGAAAGGAGGAGAGAUGCUGACUCCACCCCCUUAAACCUGCUGAUGUGAGCAGAGCUGAAAAGGGGUGUUUCUUCAAUAUUCCUGUGGUACUUUUAUAUUUCAUUUAAAAAAGUGAAAUACUUGUCUCAACCUUUUUAAAAAAGAGGGUUAAAGAUGUCAAAGGUCUUUGAAAUAUACCAGAGUAAAAGUCAGUGAUGAUCUUGUUUGGGUCAUUCUUGUCUACCUGACGUAAAAGCAAACAUGUGUGGCUUUACAAGGACUAAUGGAGUGAAAUUGUUAGAUCAUUAUAAUAUAACUGUGUGUUGUUGCAUUGAUCGCCAAAAAAGCCAUUGUGGGGAAAAAAAAGAAAAAGAAAAGCCUUCAGUUGCAUUCUAUCUAUUGGCCUGCAGCCAGGGCCGCACUUCCAUUUUAAAAAUACA